AUGGAUGUGACAAUAGCCACGGGAUCUGGGCUCAGCCUAGACUCGCUGAACCUUUCUGAACGGAGCCUGACUCUGCUGUCUCCUGGGGGGAACGAGUCUAACCCGGCGUUCCAGGGCUUGCAACUGAUCCAUCAUCUCAAAACCCUCAUCAUCCCCCUCUACUCCAUCGUGGUGGUGAUGGGCAUCCUGGGCAACUGCCUCCUGGUGUACGUCAUCGCCCGGGUCAAGAAGAUGCACAACGUCACCAACUUCCUCAUCGGCAACUUGGCCUCGUCGGACGUGUUGAUGUGCACGGCCUGCAUCCCGCUGACGCUGGCCUACGUCUUCGAGCCGGGCGGCUGGCUGUUUGGGCGGGCGGCUUGCCACCUGGUGCUGUUCCUGCAGCCCGUCACCGUGUACGUGUCCAUCUUCACCCUGACCGCCAUCGCCGUGGACCGUUACGUGGCCAUCGUGCACCCUCUCCGCCGCCGCGUCUCGCUCAAGCUCAGCGCCUACCUGAUGGUGUCCGUGUGGGCGCUGGCCUGCUGCCUGGCGCUGCCCGCCACUGCUCACACCUACUACGUCGAGCUGAAGGACCAAGGGGUGGCCAUCUGCGAGGAGUUCUGGGAGAGGAAGGACGAGGAGAGGAGAGCCUACGCCUGCUCGUUGCUGGCGAUCACGUACAUCCUCCCCUUGACCAUCAUCCUGGUCUCCUACCUCAGGAUCUCAGUCAAGCUGAAGAACCGGGUGGUGCCUGGCAGCGUGACCCAGACCCAAGCAGACUGGGACAAAGCCAGGAGGAAGAGGACCUUCUGCCUGUUGGUGGUGGUGGUGACGGUGUUCGGGGCUUGCUGGCUGCCGCUGCACGCCUUCAACAUCGUGCGAGACAUUGACAUCGACAUCAUAGACAAGUACUACUUCAACCUGGUGCAGUUGUCCUGCCACUGGCUGGCCAUGAGCUCCGCCUGUUACAACCCCUUCAUCUACGCCUGGCUUCACGACAGCUUCAGGCAGGAGUUGAAGAAGCUGCUUACCUGGCCGGGCAGAGUCACCCCGUUGGGGCAGAGUGUCACGGUCAGCGUGGUGCUGUGAGGAGAGGGGUGUUCGUCUCUUUCUAUCUUUAUUUUUUUCGAGGGUUUAAAUUAAACGUCCCAUCUCCUCUGACUUGCUUGUCUGGUGAGAGAGAUUCACUUUGAUAAGGAACUCAA